GGGAGAGGGAGAUGAGGGAGAUGAUAGCGGAGACGAAGGGAUUCUACGUGCGCGACUGGAGCUUAGGUUUAGGAUGGAGUCAAAUGCGUUUCAUCAUACAAGCUGCUGUAUUGCAAGCGGACUUGCUCAACCGCACCCUGGUGCUGCCGAGCUUUGUAUAUGCUCGUGAAUGCGAGUUUAACGCCGCUGCUUGUUCAGCAUUUGCAGAAUUCAUGGAUAGAGAUGGUACAUUGGGGUACGGCGGACAUACGGGACGAGAUGGGUGGAAGAUCCCGCUCGGUGUAAUGAUCGAUCUCCCCAACCUUCGCAGCCGACAUUCUGUUCUUCUCUACUCCGAAUUCUAUCCCCUGUUCGGACUCUCUGUCUCGACCGAAAACUGGUCAGGGACAUUCAACCGACUCUCCCUGAUGAAUACUGGUUUGUCACUGUACACCGUCGGGAGCCAUCUGUACGAACCGGUGGAUACGAUGCGUGUUGAUAAGCUCGUAAAGCCUCCGACGCUAUGGGAGGGAGGAACGGAACUAGGGGAGAAAGUGAGGAAGCGAUUGCAGCAGACGAUCGGCGGCGGCGGGGCGCUCGAUUGGGACGAUACGAAGAUUCAACUCAGCGGCGGACCGAUCGACGUGGGGCAUGAUUGGGAGAUUCAGAAGGCUCUGAACGAGGCAGGGAGCGCGGUGGUGUACUCGUUCAAGGGAGAACUUCGGAUGGACUUUGUCAAGUCUGUCGUGCACCCCACGAAACAGGUGGGGUUCUCAUCCGCCUUGAGCGGUUUUAUUGAGGAGUUUGGACACGUGUGGCAGGAUGUGCUGCAUAUGGAGGGAGAGUUACACCUAUGGAGAAAAUCCGGUGGGAUGCGAUUCACCACGCAAGCGGCUAUGGAGGACUAUCAGCGCACUGCGGUGUGGGACCUCCGACCGCCGAUGCCUUUCAUCAAUCUAGCUGCGAAACUUGACCAGCGUAUGCGAGCUGUGAACCAAGGUCGGUUAUGGCUCGGAGGACACAUGCGGCGACGUGAUAUGGUGCAGCUUGCCUGGGUCAUGGAAAACGCUUUGCCCACCCACAUCAGGCGCAUCAAGGACAAACUUACGCACUCUCUGGAUAUCAUACGUCAAGUUCGGAACAGCCAUGAUAUUCUCCCAUAUGAAGUACCCGGUGUCAUACCAAAUCGGGAGAUAUUGGACAGCUCUCCACCGCUCGGAAACGAUCAGAUCUUUCUCGCCACGGACGCACAGGACGAAACCUCUGUUAAGCUCCUCCAUUCGACCGGCGUGGUCCUCCUAUCCGACCUCCUUACCCCGGCCGACCGCGCUUCUUUGGGCCACUUUGCCCAGUAUUUAAUGUUCGGCGAUGUACAGGCUGUGCUGGAACACGAGUUGCUGGCACGGGCCGCAUUUUACUAUGGGCAUGCUAUAAGCGCCGCUAGCGGCGUGAUCCUUGAAGCUAGAGCACGAGCGGGGAUCGAUAGACGUUUGGCGCAGAUUGAUUGAUUGACUAACGUCUUAGAAUUUGAAUGACCAUGUAUCACGUAGUGCAUUUUUACGACUUC